AUGCCUCCUGUCAACAAAAAACUUGUUGUCAACGUAAAAGUAUCAGUUAGCAAGCGUUUUAUCACUGAUAAUACAGUGAAAACUAUAUUACUCCGUGAGCACGACUGGAAUGAGCCUAAGUUGAGCUUCCAAGGAAAGACGAUUGCACGAUCUGAGGAAAAUGGUAAGGUGAUGUACAAUAUACUGUUGGAUGAAGCAAAUGGCCACAUCCUCAAGCUUAUCGAAGCUGAAGACUUGUUGGAAGAUGCAGUGGAUGAAGAUUACAGUACCACCCAACCCUGA